AUGCACCUGGCCGGAUUACUGCUCGCCCUGGAGAAGAAAGAGAAGGGGCAGCAGCGUGACCGCGGCUCACCUUCCCCAGCCAUGUGCUCGGUAAGCGAGGGUAGCGGUGCAGACCCCUUGGCGGCCCGCUUCAAACAGGUGGAGGAGACGCUGGAGAAGCUGCACCGGGAAAACAGGAGCUUGAAGAACAAAGUGCCUCGGUACAACGCGCUCUGCACCUUGUACCACGAGUCCGCUCAGCAACUGAAGCACCUCCAGCUGCAGCUGGCUGCCAAGGAGGCGACGAUCCGGGAGCUGCGGAGCAGCCUGGCCCGGCAGCAGCAGCAGCCGCAGCCGGCGGCGGCGGGCGGCGAGGCGGGGGCGGCGGGCGCGGAGCCGGCCCGCUCGCUGGUGGAGAGCCUGCUAGAGCAGCUGGGCCAGGCCAGGGAGCAGCUCAGGGACAGCGAGCGACUCUCGGCGCGAAGAGUGGAAGCUCUGAGCCAGGAAGUACAGAAGUUGAAUCAGCAACUAGAGGAGAAAAAUGGAGAGAUACAGCAGAUGAUAAAUCAGCCUCCGUAUGAAAAGGAGAGAGAAAUCUUACGACUUCAGAAGAGCUUGGCAGAGAGAGAGAAGGCUCAGGCCACCAGUGAUGUUUUGUGCCGUUCACUCACUGAUGAAACUCACCAACUUCAACGCAAAUUAGCAUCCACAGCAGAAAUGUGUCAACAUCUAGCAAAAUGUCUAGAAGAGAAGCAAAGAAAAGAGAAGGGGAAUUCAGAUGACCAGAUACCUACUGAAAGAUCUAAUCAGAUGCAACUUUUAGACAAUGGAACUUCACUUCAAGCUCUUAUCUGCAACCUACAAGAUGAAAACAGGAUGUUAAAACAAAAAGUAGCUCACGUGGAAGACUUAAAUGCAAAAUGGCAGAAAUAUGAUGCGAGUAGGGAUGAGUAUGUAAAGCGACUCCACUUGCAGCUAAAAGAGAUGAAGUCACAACUGGAGCAGCAGCACGGUGUAACUUCAGCACAAAUGAAUUCUGACCUAAUGCACAAGGAGAUAUUCCGGUUAAACAAGCUACUGGAAGAAAAAAUGAAUGAAUGCAUAAAAACAAAGCGAGAAUUAGAAGAUGUGAAGAAGGCUAGUGAAGGAGAUAAUGAGCGCAUACAAAUGCUGGAGCAACAGGUCCUAGUUUAUAAAGAUGAUUUCACAUCUGAGAGAUCAGACAGAGAGCGAGCACAGAGUAAAAUACAAGAGCUUCAGGCAGAAGUUGCAUGUCUGCAACACCAGCUAGCAAGAAGACAGGUAAGAAAGCAACAUGACUCAAGAGACACAAGUAGUCAUUUCAGAGUUCAUAUUGGUAACCAAAAUCAUAUGUACGUACAGACGAACGUUGAACAUCUACGAGGCAAUAGCCCAGGCCAAACAGGCACGAGAAGAACAUCUUCACAGUCUGAACAAGCUUCUCCUCCUGUGGACAAUGGAAACUCAGGAUCUGAGGGCAGGGCACAGGGUGAACUUAGAUGCCCUCAUUGUAUGAGGUUUUUCAGUGAUGAACUCAGUGAUGAAUUCCUCAAGCAUGUUGCUGAAUGUUGUCAAUGA